UCACGUCACUUACUAGUAUAUAAGGAAUAUGAAGCUUAUAUGUCGAGAACUCAGUUUUUGGAAGCAUCCGACAACAGAACGCUGUUCACAAUGAAAGGUGUACUUUUUUUAUUUAUUUGUGCAAUAUAUUUUAAGGCUUGUUCCUUUUGUGAUGUAAAAACAAACCGUGGGGUUGUAAAUGGCAUACAACAGUUAUCAAAGAACGGUAAAUUCUAUUGGUCGUUCAAUGGCAUACCUUAUGCAGAGCCACCAAUUGGAAAACUUAGAUUCAAAGCUCCGGUUCCGAAAAUACCAUGGAUACAAACUCUCAAGGCACACGAAGUCCGCGAUCAAUGUAUAGAAUUCAGAGAUGGCGUGAAGGGUCAAGAGGAUUGCUUGUACUUAAACAUUCAUACUCCACAGCUAGGAACUGAUGUUCUGCUACCUGUCAUGGUGUACAUACAUGGUGGCAGUUCUACGCAGGGUAACGCAAGUAAAAUUUUAGACGGGCCAGGAUACUUGCUCGACAAGAACGUCGUGGUAGUCACGAUCAACUUUCGGUUAAGCAUUAUGGGUUUCCUCAGCACUGGAGACUUGGCGGCGCCUGGAAAUUUCGGUUUGAAGGAUCAGGUGCAGGCGCUAUACUGGAUAAAAAAUAACAUUCGUCAGUUUGGAGGGAAUCCCGACGACAUUACUUUGUUCGGCGAAGGUUUUGGCGCCGAUUGCGUUCAUUUGCAUACUCUUUCGAAGAGAUCUACAAAAUUAUUCAAACGCGGCAUUCUUCAGAGUGGAGCUGCUUUGAAUCCGCGUGCGUUCACCAGCGAUCCAAGCUAUUACCAGAUACCGAAAAAAGUGGCAGCAAAGUUGAAUUGUCCUACUGCCAAUUCUUUAUUGAUGAUCGAGUGUCUUCGUAAAGCAAAUGCUCAGAAAUUAGUAGAUACACUUUCCGUGUUCGACGAGCUGUCGAUUGAGUCGCAGACCUUAUGGAGACCGACGAAGGAACCAAGCAACAUCGAGGCAUUUUUAACAAAUACUCCGGAAAAUUUGAUUAGAGAAAAUAACUUUAACGAUUGUCCAUUGAUCACUGGAAACGUAGUGGACGAGGGAACGUUCUUCACACGCCGACUCGUUGAGAAUCAGAAACUGUAUGACGAAUGUGUAAAGAACCCUGUGUCCGUAAUAGAACGUUUCUUGCGUUAUUACGAACCAUUGAGAGGAAAGAAUGUGACAAAUUUGGCUGCGAAGAUCGUCAAAUUUUAUUUCGGAAAUAAAGUAUCCGGUGACAAAGAUUCUAUUAUUUCCAUUUUCACAAAAUUCGCAACAGACUUUUUCUACAUUUUCCCCCAAAUUCAGCUAGUGGAAAGCAUGAAAACUCUUAAGAAGACACCUUUUUAUUCUUACCAAUUCAAUUACCACGGAGCUCUCAGUUACGCGCUACUUUUUGGCGGUGAAUUUGCAAAACAUGGUAUCGCGCAAGGAGAUGAUCUAUUUUACUUGUUCCCACUGAGCUCGAAAAGCAUCGGUGCAAAGUUUAAUAUUGAACGCACCAAGGACGAUUUCAAAGUCAUUGAUCUACUGAUUGAUUUAUGGACCAGUUUUGCUAAAAACAGCAAACCCUCAUCGACUCUCAUGGAGAAUGCUCAUACUUGGGAGUCAUAUAAAAUUGGAGGCUACCUGAAGAUCGGAAAUGGUACUGAUACGAAGGCUAAAUUGACAAAGGUUGAUCUUACAGACAGCUUGAAGUUUUGGCUUGAGAACGUGCCACAAUAUUCCUUGACAUCAUCAUGUAAACAUAGUAAGGAAGAUAAUGAUAGCAAGGAAAAGAAACACAGUAAGGAAGAUAGUGAUAGUAAGGAAGAUAGUCACAGUAAGGAAGACAAAAAAAAUAAAAAUAGUAAGGAAGAUAGUCACAGUAAGGAAGACAAAAAAAAUAAAAAUAGUAAGGAAGAUAAUCACAGUAAGGAAGACAAAAAAAAUAAAAAUAGUAAGGAAGAUAAACAAUAAGCACUGAAAACUGAUACGAAAUAUCACCUUCCUUAAUCGUUUCUAUCAGGUUACUGUUAAAAUGAUACGUAUCUUAUCCAAUUAUUGCAACAAUGUGUAUAUGUAGUGAAUAAGUUAAUAAAACGAGCAUUUAUUUUUAAUUGAAA